CCUUUCUUCAUAACCAAUCAGCAUCCCAUAAAGAUGACGUUUCGGUGUCCUACGUCAGCCCGAUGGCGAUAGAGUAGAGUUGGUGCAAGGGAGUUUGAGUGGGAGAUAGAGACUAGCGCGCCCCAUCACAACACAGGGACCAGGCACCGGAGAACAGACCCUCUCACACCCCCGCCCUCUCCACCGACUAAGAACAAGUCCGGCUGCAACACCCCGGUUAACAAUCAGCCAGCACCGGUCAGUACACAGGCGACUGCUCUAUACCCGCAGUCCGGAGGAAAAAACGAAAAAUAAACAGCUUCAAAACUGUUGCACCACGUUUUAAAAGUGGACCUUACGCCGCCUUACUUCUUGGACAUGGGCGAUAUGGGGGAUCCACCGAAAAAAAAGCGGCUCAUAUCGUUGUGUGUCGGCUGUGGGAACCAGAUCCACGACCAGUAUAUUCUGCGGGUCUCUCCGGACCUCGAAUGGCACGCUGCCUGUUUGAAGUGUGCAGAGUGUAAUCAGUAUCUGGACGAGUCUUGUACCUGCUUUGUCCGAGACGGGAAAACCUACUGUAAAAGGGACUAUGUUAGGUUAUACGGGAUAAAGUGCGCUAAAUGCAACAUCGGUUUCAGCAAGAAUGACUUCGUGAUGAGAGCGCGCUCCAAGGUGUACCAUAUCGAGUGUUUUCGGUGUGUGGCCUGCAGCCGACAGCUCAUCCCGGGGGACGAGUUCGCUCUGAGGGAGGAUGGCUUGUUCUGCCGGGCCGACCAUGACGUCGUGGAGCGGGCAACAAUGGGCGUCGGAGACCCCCUCAGCCCCCUCCACCCGGCCAGACCUUUACAAAUGGCAGAACCAAUAUCAGCCAGACAGCCCGUGCUUCGACCGCACGUCCACAAACAACCGGAGAAGACCACACGCGUACGGACAGUUCUUAACGAAAAGCAACUCCACACUUUGCGGACCUGCUACAACGCAAACCCCCGACCCGACGCUCUGAUGAAGGAGCAGCUAGUCGAGAUGACCGGUCUCAGUCCCCGAGUCAUCCGGGUCUGGUUCCAAAACAAGCGUUGCAAGGACAAGAAGAGGAGUAUUCUGAUGAAACAGUUACAGCAACAUCAGCCCGACGACAAAACGUUUCUCUGGGACUAUCUGCAGAAUAUCCAGGGAAUGACGGGUACACCGAUGGUGGCGGCCAGCCCGGAGAGACACGACGGUGGUUUACAGGCAAACCCAGUGGAGGUGCAGAGUUACCAGCCGCCUUGGAAGGUCCUCAGUGACUUCGCGUUGCAGAGUGACAUGGAUCAACCCGCGUUUCAACAACUGGUCCAUUUUUCGGAGGGAGGACCUGGUUCCAACUCGACAGGGAGCGAAGUCGCCUCGAUGUCAUCCCAACUUCCAGACACACCCAACAGCAUGGUCUCGAGCCCUAUAGAGGCGUAGGGCCUCGAGGACGGACUGUAGACUAUUGACUAUUGUCAUAUUUCUGACUGAUGAUGAAGUGAUGCUAGUUGGGCAAAGGGGCGAACUGACUGAAAACUGAAAGAAAAAAAAUAAUAACUCGGGGUUGAAAGAAACAAAAUGUCACUGAAUCUCUUGUUGAUUUCAUUCGAACUGAGAGAUUAAAGAGAAUCCUCCUCCCGCAACUGCACGAAGCCUCUUUAACGACGAAACAACCCCUUGGUUGUAGUUUUACACUGUGAAGACAAUCAUGGAUUAUUACCCCACCUAGAUCUGUCCAUAUGUCCGUCAUACGUCCGUCCGUCCACUCGCCGCAAAACAACCCUGGAGAAGAGGAAAGGAGAGGACAAUGGAGCAGUCUAUGGGCUCUAUCCAAUCUGUGUUGUUGAAGCGUUACAUAUUGCGCGACAGACAUUUAAAGCUAAUUUCCUAUUUAGCUGACAUAUACAGCGAUUAACAUGAAUGCAGUCUCCGCUAACGCGGGGUGAACAUUGCCUCUUUCAGUCACGCUGCAACGCCGAGAGCGCAUCUGCCUGCACCAUAAAGUGUCUGCGACUCAUGCGUAGCGAGAUCUGUAGAUCUCACUACGUCAUACAUGACUGGUGCUGCCCGUUGGAAACUCCUGGUAACAGUUCGACAAAAACAAUUUAUAAUACUACACCACACAUACACUCCUGGACCAACGGACCUCUAGGAAAAAUAUGAACUUUAAUAUUGAAGAUGAAAUCUGGUUCUACAUUUGCACAUUGUUGUGCAUAAUGUUUGAAUAUACAAACAAAUGACUGGCUAUUCUGUUUCUCUAAAAUAACUUGACCUGAGAUUCGCCUCCUGAUAAGAUGCCGUUUGGAUGGGAUUGCAAAUAUUGCUAUUCAAUUAUUUUGUUAUUAUCUCCUUGAUAAAGUCCAAGUAAGGCCUACUUAAGCAUUGCAACAAGGUAUACCUCUAUUUUGCCACAAGCUACGUGGGACUUUUAUGUGUGAGUUUGUGUCCAUUCAAGAAUAUGUUGUUUUUUUUUCUUUCCCAAAGAUGUGUAUAAGUUAUAAUGAUCGUUUUUUUUUUUCGUUUGUUCCUGUUAAACAAAAUUAUUUAUUAUUUAUUGUUGAAAGACUUGCCACUUUUUUUUGUGUAACUUUCUUUACUGAAGUAAAACAAGAAAAACGAUUGUACCGUGGUCUCCGAUUUAUCUAUCCUAAUUGUAUGCGUCCUGUCCCUUUCUAUAUAUUACUAAUAAAACAACGACAUGUGUAGAAAUAUAUCUCCAGGAUUAUUUCACUAAUAU